UGUGUGUUUCUUCUCUCUCUCUCUCUCUCUCUGUAUAUAUAUAUAGAGCACCAUUCUUACAUGCUGUGUGUCUUGCAAUCACCAGAUUUCCUUUCACAUCUAUCAUCUCUAUAUUAAAAUCUAGUAAUAUAUAUAUAUAUAUAUAUAUAUACAUAUCUAUUCUCUUUGAUCAAAUUCAAAAAAAAAAAAAUGGGUUUUCUUUCUUCUAGGAUUUUGCUUCUCUUUCUGGGUUUCUCUUUUGUCAUCUCUUCUCUUGCAGUCCCUACGACCAGAAGCCUCAAGUCAACUCGAGAAAACCCCUCAUCAUCGGUCCAAGAUUUGCUCACUCAGGAUUUGGAUUUUGGAGAAGAGCAACUUGAUUUGAUAGAAGGGGAUAUGAAUGGAAGAAUGGACUUGGAAAGCCAAGACUAUCCAGGAACUGGAGCAAACAAUCAUCAUGAUCCAAAAACCCCAGGAAGAGCUUAAUUGAAAAAGGAAAAAGAGAAAUUUAUUCACGUGCAAAUCAAGAAUUGAAAGAAAAGAAGAAGGAGUUGGUUUGGGUUUGGGUGUGGGUUUGGGUUUGGGUUUGGGUUUGUGUUUAUGAAGGAUAUUUGUUAAUUUGGUUAUAAUAUUCUCUUCAUACAUUAUUAUAUGAAGGGGAUGUUUGUCUGUUUGUUUGUUAUUUGGAGUGUAUUAAUCAGUAAUCUAACUUUUCUUUAAUUAUUAAGAGUAGAGGUAGAAGGAAAGGAAGGACUUAGCAGUGUGGGUUUAAUUAAUGAACUUUGGGAGGUGCAAAUUGUAAUUUUUAUAUUAUUAAAUUGGAUGUAAGUAAUAUAUGAUGAUGUGAUGUUUGGCUUCGCUUUGCUAGUGAAGUGGCAAAUUGUUGCCUUAAAAAA